CAAAAAAAGGACGUGUGAAGCGUAUCCUUCAGUUUUCACUAGAUAAUGGGUGGAAUAAACUUGAUCACGUUAGAGUCCAACCACCUACUAACUUAGGCCUCGAAGUAAGACCUCGUAUACUUAGUAUAGAAAAAAAUAACAAUUCAUUAAGAAUAAUUGUGGGUCAGGAUGUAUUACAAAAAUGCGCAGACUUAGUUCUGCAAAAGUAUUCUAACUAUCUUAGGGAUUGGAGUAUCGAAGAAAAUGAUUCGCGAAACUUCGUAUAUUUUAACCGGAAAGCUCCACUAGAAUGUCCACUCUGCAAACGCAUACAUGACAAGGAUCAGAGGUGGUUCGGUCAUAUAUCUACUAGUGGUACAUUCAUUGUGAAAUGUUUUCGGCAAAAUAGUGAUGAACCUGGGGAAGUUUUUGAAUGUGAUCCAUCUAUUGCAGAAAAAAUUCGACGAGAAAAUAAAAAUUUUCCGCAAUCAUCUCACAAGGUCAAGGUUCCAGGUUUCCCUAAAGCUUUCUUAAAUUUCCCAUCUUGGGUCAAGUAUAAUGAGCCCCUUUCAGCAACAGAAAUAUAUAAGGAGAGAUAUGUAAGACCAUUACCCAAUGAAGGUGAUAUUUAUGUAGGGUUGCCUUGGGAAACUGGAAAAACAUACAUUCUCGAACAUCUUACUAUAUCUGACAUUGUGAAUUUGCUAGCAUUAUCUACGCGCCAUUCUUAUUCGAAUGCCGUUACUACAAGACUUAAUCUUAAGUCAUAUUGUGAUAUUGAUGGUAAUAUAAAUCUUCCCGAUCAUAAGAGGGUAGUAUGCCAGAUAGAAAGCUUACAUCUAUCUAUAAAUGCUCAGGCACAAAGUCGUUUAGCGGGACAAUCAAUAGAGAAAUUGUAUAAACUAAUUCAAGAAGCGAGACGCAUUAUCGUUAUGGAUAAUGAUCUUACCAAUCUUAAUAUCGAAUGGAUUAAAGCUCUUCGCAAGGAUAAACCAUUUUCAAUUAUUUAUAACACUUACCAACCUCAGAAAGGUAAAACAUUCCACCUAGCUCCUAAUAAAGAAACUGUGUUAACUGAACUCUGGGAUUGGGCCAAGAAAAUGUCUUCACUACCUUUUGAGUCUUGGAAAAGUGCUUUACUUAUUUGCCAUCUCAGAAAAGAUAUACAAGGAAUUGUUCGCACCCUUAAGACCAGUUUUCCAGAAUUGCGAAUCAAGGAAUAUCAUGGCAAAUCUGAUCCGGUGGAAAAGGCUCAAGAUUUUAGCAAUGUAGAAGCAGCAUGGAAAGACGUAGACCUAGUUGCCUAUACUAGCACUCUAAAAAUAGGAGUAUCAUGUACCAAUCCUAAGUUUGAGCGAGCAUUCUGUCUCUUUAAUAGCUAUAUAGAAACCAAUGCAGGGACAAAUCAGAUGUUAUUUCGCAUGCGAUGCAUUAAAGCUUAUAUAUGUCAUAUCGAACAAAGAUCGUCUAAUAUUCCAAUUACAGAAGAAGGAUUAUUUCAAUGGUUAUUGAAUGCUAAACGUGAAUGUCUCCCCCAAGAACUUCAGAAUAGAGGAAUAUUUCCAGAUAUCAACUCUAUUAUUCAGAAUAAGGAUGUACCAACUAUUCGAUUAUGGGUGGCAUAUAUGUUAGAAAAAUUUCGAUCUUAUCAUUUAUUUAGCUGGAGAAUGGUUGAUUUUCUCCGAAAUGCAGGUAUGGUAAUUUCUAUCAUAGAACUUAUUCCUAAACCUAAAGAUAAUAUGACAUUAUUAUCCCAGACAAUAAAGGUGAGUUCAUCUAUCAUUAAAGCAGAAGAAAUUUCAGAUAUAUCAAAUGCCUGUAUUCUUGAUCAUGAGAUAGCUGAGGUUUUGGAAAAUAAGCCGAAGAAGACUUUAGAGGAAAUGCGAUCUUUAGACCAGCAUCAUAUUGUAGAAUGUUAUGAGAUCCCGCCUGAAUCAUUAACUGAAGAAUUCAUAUCAAA